UUACAACUGUUUGUGUCAUCAUCCUCGAGCAGUUUUUCCAGUUUUGCGUCUAAAUGAUCACGACGAAAUCUGGAAAUGUUUUUCGAAUGAUGCGUUUAUGAUAUCGCCAAAUAAAAGUCAACAAUACUGGCUGUGGGGAACAGUUCAAGGUUCACAAGUUUAAAAGUUGGUUCGUUAGUUAGUCGAGUCGCCAUGCUUAAAACGUGUGUAUUGCUGUUGAUCACCUUUCAAAAUUCGCUACAAUGUGAUACGCCGACGUUCGAUAAUACCAUAGUGAGUGUCAACGAUAACGAAGAAACGAUAAGUGGUUGCAUAUCACCGGACACUCUAAAAUUUAAAGGUGACAUUAUCAAAAUAUCGGCAAUCAAUCAGAAUAUACCCGACUUGAAUGAAGGUGCCAUACGUGAUAUUUCAAGCGCAUUCGAAAUAGUGCUCGCCCACAAUAACAUUGAGAUUAUAAGAGCAGAGGCGUUUUUAAACCUUCCGGAACUGCAAAGCAUCGACCUCUCUGGAAACAAAAUUAAUUGGAUCAGCGAGAAUUCGUUCACAAAUUUACCGUUCUUAACCAAAAUCAAUUUGAUGAGCAACGAAGUUAGCGUCUCACCUCGAGCUUUUAACAACCUGCCGAAGUUGGAGGAGGUCAAUUUCGCCGAAAACAAAUUGGAGAGCUUCGACCAGGGUUGGUUCCGUCAAACUCCGAAGCUGUGGUGGCUGUGGUUCAGGGACAAUCGCCUGCGAACGAUCCCAAAGGCCGCCUUCAUCAAUUUGCCCAGCGUCAGGCAGAUACAUUUUGAAAAUAACCAAAUCGAGCGUAUCGACAAGGACGCGUUUAAAGGGCUCAGAAACCUGCAGCGCAUCUACUUCGCCCAGAAUCAGUUGAAGUGCUUCGAGAUCAACUUUCACACGCCGUCAAAGUUGGUUUAUAUGGGAGUUCAAUUUAACAACAUCACCUUCAUAUCGAGUAAAGUGUUAGAAACGAUUCAGCCAAAUCUGCUCAAGUUUUGGGUUACGGGAAACCCUUGGCAGUGCGCGUGUUUCGAUAGGUUGAUUGAUUGGGGCAUUAAGAAUCAUAUAGACAUCGCUUUUAAGUGUGUACAACAAGAGUCCGUGUGCGUUUAUCCUAAGCAGAAUCCGGACGAGUGCACUGAGCGUGAUGAUGAGGAAUUCUAUAAUGAGUUUUCGAAAAACUUUGGCAGUGAAUGGAUUUGCACCCCUGGAAACGACUAUUAGCCAAUCAGAACAAUUUUUAUAUUAUAGUGAUAUGUGAAUAAAGUAGCUAUUUUGUAUGAAAUGUGCACCCAAUUUUAUGCAGUGAAAAUCGUGAAUAAAUAAUCUAUUGUGGUGGCGUCUCUGCACGUUACAAUAUCUCAACAAAUAUUCUUUCAACUGAAUACUGACAUCUUUUGUCAAACAUACAUCUGAUUAAUUACUAUUAUUAGUGCAGGGCAUUUUCAACGCAAAAGUAAUUCUUUUAUUCUUUUUAACAAGAAAAUAAUUACUUUAUUAUCCAAGCAGUUACGUCAUUUAUAAUGUAAAUAAUAGGGUUUGCGUUCAUUAUACCAACAAUCAUAAUCA